AUGAAGGCUCUUCUUCUUUCCAUUCUCUGGCCUGCUGUAGCCAGCGCUGCUGCUUGCAGACCAGACCCCCCAAAAUCGAAAACGGCUUGCAAGUUGCCUGCCGUUGACGACGUGGAUCUAAGUGUCGGUUUCAACUACAAUGGCGACUGUGCCCCAAGUACCGGGACUCUCAACGGCUUCAUGAUAUUUGUCGACUUUUCAGAUGCCGAACCCGCUCAAGGCGAAACGCCCCAAUCGCUCUACGACGCAGUGGUCCCCCAAACAACCGAAUGGUACAAGCAGGCCUCUCAAGGCGCCCUGUCUUUGAAUGUCACAGGCGAUUUGUCCAAGUUUUACCGCAUGCCUGCGUCUGCUGCAUCUUAUGGCUGGGAGCGAGGUCUCACAUGGGCAGAACACCAAGCCUACAUCCAGGAUGCCCUCGACGCUUACACCGCCAAAGGCACUCGCCCCCCACCCCCUCAGUCGGACGUUCUCUACGUUGUUCCCGUAAACAGUGCUGGGGGCAGAGGAAUUUCUCGAUCCAUCACUUUUGUUACACGAGCCAAUACCAGGCAGGGUGAUUACGUCGCCAGAAAGACCGUCACCGUUGCAACCGACGCAUUUACAACAUGGGGUCCGAAGAGCUGGAUUGCCUUGGCUCAUGAGACGGGCCACACCAUGUGCUUGGCCGACUUUUACCCGUUCGAGGAUCUUGGUCUGGGUUACUACGUCGGUGGCUGGAGUGCCAUGGGUGAUGUCUCUGGCGUUGGCCCUGACUUCUUUGCCUGGGACAAGUGGCGCCUGGGUUGGCUCAAAGACGAGUCCAUCGACUGUGUUUCGGAACGAGGAACUACUGAGCACACUCUUACACCACUAGAGCUCAAGACUUCUGAUAAUGAUAUCAAGGCUGUUGUCAUCGCCGUCAGCCAAACCUCAGCACUUGUAGCCGAGGCCCGUAUCCCCGAAGGUCUCGACUCCGGCGUCUGCGCCCCAGGUGUCCUACUCUACACGGUCGACACGUCGGUCAAGUCAGGUUACGGUCCUGUCCGUGUUCUGGACGUAACCCCCGGAUCAGGCGGCUGCGGUACUAAUCCUGUCUAUGACAAGAAUGAUGGAACACUGUCCCUGGCUCCCGGUGGAGUUACUGUGGUCAAGCAGACGGAGAAGAGCUAUACUAUUCAAGUUGAUGCUGAGUUUUAG